CCUUUUUUAAGUAGCCCUGACAGAACAACAUUGGGGAGGCCCGCGAUCUGGCCCACGGCAUAAUAGUACACAUAAACAUGGAGAUGUGAUGUGUGUUUGAAUGCUGCUCCUCCGUCUUUAAGUCAGCCUAAGAAUUCCAUUAGUUUUAAGUUGCUACUUUCGUAUGUGAAGAAUACACCCGAAAUUCAAGUUGAGCGCAUAGCCCUUUUCAAAGAUUGAAGAGCUUUCAACCAUAUUCCUUUAUACAUUUACUACCCUUUUUUUGUUGUAUAGAACCUACUAUCUAUAUUGACGUCGAUUUUGCGCCCUUGUCCUCUGGAUGACAUACAUAUCCUCGGCACCACCGCGUCCAAGCUCGAAUUAAUUACCUACCCUUCCACGCCACACACCCAACAUCAAACCAGACAAAACGCUAGAAAUCAUAAGCCGCUUAUCUACCCCUCGAUAUCUUUCUCGCUACAGGUAGCCAUCCGUUGACAGGCGACGUGACAUCCCUACGUGAAUAAGAAUAAAAAACGGGGAAAUGAGAAAUGCCCAGUCGAUUGCAAACCCCUCGAAUACGUCCUGUUCCUAAUCGAGAGCCGUUCACUCCCACUCGACAAAGCAUUAAACAAGAAUCUACAUAUACAGACGAUAGUGUAAUAAAUGCCAAUUUAAAAUCGAAACCGGCGCAUACUUCCAACAACGCGAACACCAUGAGCACCCACAGUCCAGCCCCGGAGGCAAAACACAACUCCUAUGCCAACUCCGGUUUCUCACCCAAUGGCAAGAGCAAGAGCAAGAGCGCAAUACCAUCCACUAUUCGUACCGUCCCUAGCUUUGAAGCACCUUCAGAUAUCUCGUCAGAAUCACCGUCCGCGCGAAACAGCGGGUUUUCAAGUUCCAUUAAUAGCAAUGUUAGCGGCACAUCAUACAACUCUCAACAAGCACAGAGCAGCUCGACGGUCAGGUUAAAACCGCAAUCGCCUGUCUUAGAACCGCCAUUACCGAUAUCGCGAAGUGAAGACCCAUAUACGUCCGCAAGUGAUGCGAAUCCUGGAGAAGAGACGGCGGAGGAGCCAACCUCGUCUUUACAGGUUCCGGGGACACCCAUGCCCGAAGACCGUACAGGCGGAGCGCCGGAAAGUUCACCACAAUGGGACGGCGCCGUCGGUAAGGCCGGUUUAGGAAAGACGGGCAGAGUAAUUAAUAAAUUGGUGUCGGAAAACGAGUCCUUGAAACGGGAUAUCCAGAUUGAGCGCUUCAGGGCCGAUGAAGCAAAACAAGCGGCUAAACUAAUAGAAGACAAGAUGGAGCAUAUGGUCGCAGAUUAUGAAAGCCGCCUAUUAGAAGCCACAAUAACCAAGACGUUACUGAGUCGCAAAGAACGUCAAGUUGAGCACUUACAGUCUACGGUCGACCUCGAGAAGAAGCGCACAGCGGAUGCUCAAGAACGUGAACGAACAUGGCGCGAAGAGAUGGAGAAGAGUCGCCGAGACACCAAGGUCCAGGUCGAAGAGGCUAAUAUGCAUGCCGCAUUAAUGGAGGGUCGAUACAAUGCUAUAUCGUCGCAUUGGAAGGAUCAGGGCGACGAAGUUAAGCGUGUUAUGGUGGGUCUUGAGGGCAGAAUCAAAACAUUGGUUGAGGAACGUAGGAUGGACGAUGAAAAAAUCAGCGUUCUCCGCGAUUUGUGUGACCAGCAAGACGGAAAUAUUCGAGACCUGCAACGGCAAAAGGAUGAAAUUGCCCGGCAAUUUGAGGCCUAUAAGCGCGAACAGGAGCAAGCGCUAAAGGAUAUCAAGAAAAUCGCCCGUGAGAGAGAAGAAGAGCAGGUGAGGGCUCUCGAAGAGGCGAAGCGCGUACUCGGCCAGCUGAAAUGGGCGCUUAACGUGAAGAAAAACGUGAAGGGCGCUGAGUAAUGAUAUACUCCUAGUUUUACCGUGCAGUCCUCUCGUCGGCAAAGCGCCCCCUGAACACUCAGAAACCCGUGCUGGUUUGCUCCCCUUCGACAAAAAUAUUCCCCUAUCAUGUACUAAAAUGGCGGCUUUGAUAUUGUAGUACAAUAAUUUUUUUUCCUUUCCCCUAUUUCAAUCUGGCCCAUCGCGACUCCGCACUCCCAAGCGUGUCGCUAGUACCAAGACGAUACCACUCGAACUAUAAUAACGACCUUCUCGCCCUUCGCGAUACCCUACGGCGAUUCUCUUUCGGAUUUUAUACUACAACCUCGAUAGUUAACUAAAUUGAGCGACCAAGGCCAGGUCAGGAAAUGGUACUCGAAGAGAGUUCUGGUCUGGAUAUGUUACGAUACAUAGGAUUGGCGUUUGAGGCAAAGGAUAUUCUGUGACUGCGGUCUAAAUCAGAGUGAGACCCGGCAGUCCAUGGCAUUUUCAUUUCAUCACAAGGCCCCCAAGUUUAAGAGGGCAAAAGGAGACCCUCGGCUGGUAUGACAAAAGGCGUAUGAACAUUUACAUUCAUGACCCUCCCUUCUAUUGUCCACUUACGUUGUAUAUACCCAGUUUGCCAGUUUAUAGUUAUAGAAAUAAGUCAUUUGCGAUGAACAGAUUUACGAGCACUUGAUAUGCUCCACUCGGCUCGAAUUUGUAUGAUCACUAAG